AUGCAAGAUCCUUUCGGCUGUGUCGAGGACAUGCAUCUCUCCGACGCUUACACUGUCAUGCUCGGUGAUAAUGUAUCGCCGUAUCGCGAGAACGACGUGGCCGCGAAGAGGUCCCACAUCGCGCUGUUGGGAUGGCCGCAAAGAUAUCCCAAGAUGCAGAUGACAGCUGUUCUGACUUUCGCGAAGGGUCCAGAAAGCACAACAGCUGGCCACGACCCAGGCAAAGCUUUCGCUCGACCAGACAUUGGCAACUUCGGCCACCGCAGUGGAAAGCAAGACCACGGCAAUAUCGCUCGGAAGUUUGUCCCUCAGCUCAAGAAGAGAGGCAUCUUCGUGAAGGCCUUGGGCAACCAGAGAGAGGAACGAUUUUCUGAGGAAAAAGAAGCACAAUACGUUAUUACCAACUCAGACCUUGCCGCUCGUACAGAAACCAGCAUUGGCUUGCGUUAG